UCCGACAGCCCGCGACUUGACACCGUUCCAUGAACGUCAUUAAACCCGAACAAAUAAUUGACCUUGAACAACAUCUUAUCAAGGUGCCUUAUGAGCAACUACGAAAGUCGUUUAAGCAUUCCCAUAAAUAUACCGAAAAGGAGCUCGCGGGACUCAAUGAAAAGAUUGCUCACUGUCUAAGCGCAGCAGCCGAAGGCGCCAUUUCCCCGGAACAGGCCACAUUGCUGAUUGACGAGUUGAUGAAACAAGUGGAAACCAUGCAGAAAAAACUUCAAAAAAUCAAGGAAGAAGAGACUUUUCAUGCAAAGCGUAUCAAAAUGCGAUUGGAUCAUCUCAACAGUAUUGCCGAUACGACAUCGCCGCAAGCGCCUGAAUUUCAAGCAUGGUGCAAAACCCGUCUCAAUAGAGUCAUUGUGGAUUAUUUACUGCGAGAAGGUCUACCAGAGACCGCCAAACGAGUGGCCACUGAAACCGAUGUCCAGGAUUUGGUGGAUGUGCAGCUAUUUGAUCAGUCGGAAAAAGUGGAAGAAGCUUUACGAAGGCACAGUUGUAAAGAAUGUCUUAAAUGGUGUGCGGAAAACAAGUCUGGAUUGAAGAAAUUAAAGAGUACGCUGGAAUUCAAUUUGAGGCUACAGGAGCAUAUUGAACUGGCCAAAACCGGUAAACGAAUCGAAGCCGUCAAUUAUGCGAAAAAAUACCUUACGGCUUGGCAAGAUACCGAAUCCAAAAGAAUCAUGCAAGCCAUGGCCCUAAUUGUGUUUAGCAAAGAUACCGAAUGCCAACCUUACAAGGAUAUGUACGACCCCAAUCGAUGGACGGAGUUAAUCGAACAAUUUCGAGCCGACAAUUAUGCAUUAUGCUCGCUGACUUCGCAUCCUCUUUUGUCGAUCACCCUGCAAGCCGGUCUUUCAGCGCUGAAAACUCCCCAAUGUUAUGAGCACGAAAAUAAGAAUACCAAUUGUCCAGUGUGUGAUGCCGAUACGUUGGGUCAAUUGGCCGAAAAACUCCCACUGAGUCAUCACGUGAAUUCUACUAUUGUAUGUCGUAUCAGUGGAAAGAUCAUGAAUGAAGAUAAUCCACCCAUGCUGCUUCCCAAUGGCAGAGUCUACAGCUUAGAGGCACUGGAAGCCAUGAUGGCUACCAACAAUGGCAUCAUCACUUGUCCAAGAACAGGGGAUACAUUCAAGAGAAAUGAUUUGAAAAAGUUGUUUAUUUCAUAACCUCCCUCGAGAAAUGUAUAUCCAAGCAUAUAUUUUUUCAUCCUUUUUUCGUUCUGAAUGCCUCUUCUUUUGUAUUUUUUUUUUUUUAUUUCUUUUACUGUGGGUACAGAUAUUUCGUGUCACUUGUGCAUUUAUGAGAGCGGGAAAUUACGGAAUGAAAUCACCAUCAUUGACGAUAGAGAGUUUUGUCUGAAUGUUGGCGUUUUGCUUUUCUCACAGUGUGUAGAUUAAUGUUCAAAAGGGUUAAUUGAUUAGAUGUGCCAUAGCUGAUGGAAAAACCAAAAGCGG